AUGGUCGACUUCGAAGCUUACCUACAGUACUCCCCCUUUUCAAGCAACCCGGGACCCAUGGGAUCAGCAAACUUUUCUCGCAGAGACAAUGAAUGCCGAUGCUCAAUCUGCGUUGCAAAUGCCGCCUUGAGAGACAGCCAGAAGAUGAUCUGGGACGGCGUGAAGACGCGAGAUCACUUUGAAGACCUCCAAUUCAAACUUUGCCCGCCUCGAGUACUGGGCUAUCACCUUGACUCAAGAACUUGGUUGGAGUUGAAUGUGGGGAGCUACAUUGCAAGCCAAGCUGAUGGUGCGCAAGAAUGGGAGAGCUGUAUCAAGGACAUUAAGGAGCUGCGUAGCUCCGACGCAUUCAAUAAGCUACAGCUUCUUCCAACGCAGAAGUCACUGAUCAAAGACCUGGUACGAUGUCACUCAAGUGGUACGAGUUCAAAGCCUAUGAUGACAGACAUCAUUAAAGGUAAAGGCAAAGGGCUCGUGAUACUACUUCAUGGCCCGCCAGGUAUUGGGAAGACUCUGACUGCAGAAAGCGUGGCCCAACUCGCUGGGAAGCCCCUUUUUUCUGUUGGCGUGUCCGACAUUGGACUGAAACCCGCGGAAGUAGAGCAAAAUCUAGAGGCACUCUUUGAGCUCGCGGCGAAUUGGCGGGCAGUGCUGCUAUUUGACGAAGCUGACUUCGACAUCGCUGUGCAAAGCCGCGUGAAUCUUGGCAUCAAAUACGACGAUCUGCAACGCGAACAAAAGUUGGAAAUUUUCAAAAACUUCAUCGAACAGCUCAAGCCUGACCAGGUGGAACAAAAAGACAAGAUUCUCAAGUGGUUCAGGGACGAGGAAGAGGCGAGAGACUGGACGGAUGGGCUCAACGGAAGACAGAUCAGAAAUAUUUUGUUUUCUGCUGGCAGCUUGGCGCAAGAGGAUGGAGGAAAACUGAAACUGGAGCACAUAUCGAGGAUGGCGAAGAGCACUUGGAGGUUCCACGACAGAGUCAAAACGGUGGUGGACGACGCAUGCCGACGAGCUGAGGUUGGGAGAAAAUGAAGCAUGGC